GUUGGGCGCCGAGAUACGAACGCUUGUCUCGCGAUGGGCUUCUACCACUACCUGUCAAUCGCUUUGCUCACUUCGACUGUGCGCCUCGCUACGGCAAACGCACCUCCGUCGAUCAGGAGGUUCUCGUUCCCUCCGGAAAUCGCUCUGGGCGAAGAAGUGAUCGUCGUCUGCUCCGUCAAGACGGGAUCGCCGGCCGACUCUUACUCCAUCGCCUGGCAGAAGGAUGGUCGCGGCGUCGUGGAGACCGAGCGCGUCUCCACGUCGUCACAAACCAAGGGCAGCGCCACUCUGCUGAUCGCCAGCCUGGAGCCGGAAGACGUGGGCAACUACACCUGCACGGCGAGCAACGCGUUCGGCAGCGACAGCUUCACGGCGCCGCUCGUCGUCAACGAGACACCUAUGCCUGCCACGUUUGUUAAGCAGCUGGGUGCCAUAUGA